AUGGAAAAAGCUCUCACUAAAGUAACAAGCUUGAAGAUUGGACUUGGAGAUUCAUGGUUUACUAAGAAAGCCAAAGAAGAGUUCUCUAACAUCUCUCAAGACAUCAAUACUUUCUCUAAUACAGUUGAAGAGAAGGCCAAAUGGGUUUUUAACAAACUCAAAGGUAAGCCACAGAAAAGCUUACCAGAUCUUCUCCGCGACUUCAACUUACCGCCAGGGCUAUUUCCUCAAAACACAAUCUGUUAUGAAUUUGACGAGAUCAAGGGUAAGCUGAUUGUCUACUUGCCAUCUGCAUGUGAGGUAAGCUUCAAGGAUUCCUCUGUACUGCGAUAUGCAACCCGAGUCAAAGCUGUUCUUACAAGGGGAAAGCUUUCAGCAAUAGAAGGAAUGAAAACCAAAGUUCUUGUAUGGGUUAAGGUGACUAGUGUGACAGUUGAAGGUUACAAAUCUGAUAAGAUUUGGGUUACUGCUGGUGUAAAGAAGUCAAGGCCAAAGGAUGCUUUUGAUACACCUCGCGAUGCUGUUAGAGUAUUGGAAUUCUGA